UACCAAUAUGGCGUCGUGCUGAGUUUGUUAGUCGGCAACAAAACUGAGUCGUUCCGCUGCACAGUUCGUUUUUUAGAGCCCUUCACCGAAAUCCGAAGAUGUCCACACAGGAGGUAAGGUGAAAAUAACACCCUGAAAGGUUUCGGCAAUUCAGAGGGAUCCUAACAGCUUCCGGGGGAACAACUUUGAGGGCGCGUCUGACUCCGCGUUGGAUUUUCCAGCAGUGAUGGUAGAUGCAUCCGCGGACACCACGCCCUUCUUCUCAGAUGAUAAUGAGGAGGAGGGACCUACAAAUAAUGGGGUGGUGCCAUCUCCGGAAGAGGAGGAGUCUGCUAGUGGGGUGUCAGAUAGGAGAGCUAUACUGACUGUGGCUGUACUCUGUUUUGUCAACCUGCUGAACUAUAUGGACAGAUUCACUGUAGCAGGUGUUCUUACAGAUAUUGAGCAUUUCUUCAACAUUAGUGAUGGAAAAUCAGGGCUGCUUCAGACAGUUUUCAUCUGCAGUUACAUGUUCCUAGCUCCUCUGUUCGGUUACCUCGGGGACAGGUAUAAUAGGAAAGUGAUCAUGUGUGUCGGUAUUUUCUUCUGGUCUCUAGUGACACUGGCCAGCUCCUACGUCAGCAAGGAUUAUUUCUGGGCCUUGCUGUUGACUCGGGGACUGGUGGGUGUGGGGGAGGCCAGUUAUUCCACAAUCGCUCCCACCAUCAUCGCUGAUCUGUUCGUCAAGGAGAAGAGGACCAACAUGCUGUCAAUAUUUUACUUCGCCAUUCCUGUAGGCAGUGGUAUGGGUUAUAUAGUGGGUUCAAAGGUGGUCACGGUGGCAAAAGACUGGCACUGGGCUCUUCGGGUGACCCCUGGUCUGGGCCUGCUGGCAGUGAUCCUGUUGAUGUUUGUGGUUAAGGAACCAAAGCGUGGGGCGAUCGAAGCUCAUCCAGAGCACGUGCUGCACAGAACGACCUGGUUGGAAGACAUGAAAGCACUCUGCAGGAACCCAAGUUUUCUUCUGUCCACAUUUGGCUUCACAGCUGUAGCCUUUGUGACAGGAUCUUUAGCCCUGUGGGCCCCUGCAUUUUUAUUCAGAGCGGCUGUUUUCACUGGAGAGAAACAGCCUUGUCUGAAGGAACCCUGUGACAACACUGACAGCCUGAUAUUUGGAGGCCUCACAGUCGUGUCUGGUAUCCUGGGUGUGGCGAGUGGUGUGCAGGUCAGCAAGAAACUCAGGAUUAAAACACCACGCGCUGAUCCGCUGGUCUGCGCGGCAGCACUCCUCCUCGCAGCUCCUUUUCUUUAUCUGUCUGUCAUGUUUGCUCAGGCUAGCACAGUUGCCACAUAUGUUUUCAUUUUCCUGGGCGAGACGUUCUUGUGUAUGAACUGGGCCAUAGUUGCAGACAUUCUGUUGUAUGUAGUGAUCCCCACACGGCGCUCCACGGCAGAGGCAUUUCAGAUCGUCCUCUCACACCUGCUUGGUGAUGCUAUCAGCCCUUACCUCAUAGGAGUGGUGUCAGACUCAAUGAAAACGUCACACUCGUACAUGUGGGAUUUCCGUUCUCUUCAGAUGUCACUCCUGUUGUGCUCCUUUGUGGCAGUAGGGGGCGGAGCUUUCUUUCUGGCUACUGCCCUCUACAUCGAAAAAGACCGACAUCUGGCUGAGAAUUAUGUGCCCUCUGAUGAUGCACCAAUUGUUGUUCCAAAGAGAGGCAGGUCCACUAAAGUCACCGUGUCAAGCGUUUUAAUUUGAGAAGACAAAAGAAUUGGAAUGGUUCGCAAGACGGGGACCAGCAGUGUGAUUGGUCCAUCCCCAGCCAAUCCUGCAGCAGUGUCAGACAAAUAGUCACUGAUUGGACAAUCCCCACAAUAGGGGAAUUUUAUAGUAAUUUAUUAUGGUCUGUUUUUUGUUUAUAUCACUAACAUCAAACCAGUAUCAAAAAUGUUUGAAUGUCUUUGAAGUUUUGCUUUUCGCUCAUUGCAAGUCGAAAGGCACAUUGGAUACGUAUGUUGGUGACAUGGACAAGGGUAAUAUUUUGUUUUGCCUUUAAUUGAGAUGCAGUCGUGUUUUAGAUUUCAAACCCUGUGAAUUGUAGAUCGGGUCUGAAUGGAUUUUUCAGAUUGCUGUCUGGGGGAUCAGAGGUCAGUGAGACAGAUCAUCCCUCAUAACAAGUGAUAUAAACUGAAAACCAAAGCACUGUCAACAUAAUAUAGCAUUUUAUCCACCAGACUAUGACUGAAAACAAGCAGAAUCAGACUUAAGCAAUGUACUGAGGCCUGUCUAUGAUCUGCCCUUGCUUUUAUUUUAUUCUUUCAUGCAACAUUUCGUUUUUUAUGGUGUUUUAGGAUGGAAACAAAAAACAAACACUAAUCCUGUCUAUUCACGAUUCAAAUAUUGGAAUUAUUCUUGUUUUAUUAUUUUAUUUCAUAUUGUUACAUUACAUGUUUGUUGCAAUUGCCUGGCUCCUGGCAUGUCUUAAGAAUAUGCUGUUUUAACGGUCUCUAAACUUUUAGGAUUUUAACUGAAGGCAGGCUCUUGUGCGUUCCUGUGUUUUUUCGUUAUCAGAUUUAUUUACCAAAGGCAGUACAUUGAGCUAAUUCACAAGGUAUUGCUUGCUAAUCCUUUUUACUUUUUUUAAUAUUAAAUGACAAAUUUGA